CAUUGCUGUAUCGGUAUGGUUACCUGAGCGCGUGUGCUGUGAUAAGCUGUGUUUCUGGUGUUCUUGCUAGACUGUGUCCGUUAUUGCUGCACGUUUUUUAUUCAGUCGUUUCUGGCAGCUUUAAUCUUGUGACACCAACUGCUCGAUGGCGUUGAGCAACGUUGUUUCUUGUGGGGACGAAGACCUCGACGAUUUCUUCAUUGUGCUUGCCGCUCAGCGAACAGCGCUGCACAAUAAGCAGAAGGAAGUGCUCCGUGUACUGGAAGAGAUUGAGCAACUUGAACAUGACAGAGAGAACGCUGAGAGACGCUGUCGCCUACUCGUGGCCACCGCUGUUCGACUCUGUUCCCGUGAGCGGCAUGUGUGGUCGCACCCGCGGGCACAAUCUUGGUAUGAAGACACGCUCCCGCAUUUUCCCGAAAGUGUAUUUAAGGAAAACUUCCGACUUAAUAGGGGCACGUUUCGAUAUAUUGUGAGUGUGUGCAAAUCGAUGGCACGGCAAAACACGAACAUGCGCAGAGCCAUCCCUCUGGAGAAGCGCGUGGCGAUUGCUUUGUAUCGGCUGGCUACAUCCGCUGAGGAGCGAACCGUGGCCGAUCUCUUUGGCGUCAGCCGUUCGUCCGUCAAUAUAAUAUUCCGCGAAUUUUGCAGUGUUGUUGUGCGGCGCCUAGAACCGCGGUACGUGCGCUUCCCCUCGGCACAAGGACUAGUAGAGCAUAUGCGUCAGUUCAACGCUGUUACAGGGUUUCCUCAAGGAAUUGGCGCCCUGGAUGGCUGUCAUAUUGAAGUCUGCCCUCCGAAAGAACACGCCGCCGACUACUUCAACUAUAAAGGAUGGUACAGCACCAUUCUUCUCGCUGUUGUUGAUCACCGCUACAGAUUUAUGUACACGAACGUUGGAUCCCCGGGUCGAAUACAUGAUGCGGCAGUAUUCGAGCGGUCACGUCUGCCAAGUGUACUGAGCAGCAAUUUGUUCAGGUUGAAUGCCAAGUCAAUUGAAGGAGUAUCGGUCGGGCCUGUUCUCUUGGCUGAUCAAGCAUUCCCUCUGCAGCCUCACUUGAUAAAACCUUUUGCAAGGCCAGGUCCUACUGGCUCAGUAUCGCAUAUUUUCAAUUAUAAUCUGUCCAGCGCUAGACGUGUUGUGGAAAACGCCUUCGGGCGACUGAAAGCGCGGUUCCGAAUCAUGCAUAAGGGCCUGGAAUGUGAGAUCGAUAACGUGAACCGCAUCAUCCGUGCUUGCUGUGUUCUGAACAACAUAUGUGAGCAGCUAACAGAUCACUGUGAUGCAAGCUGGAUUGAAGCUGCGCGCAGUGAAGAUGUAAGGCGGGCUCAGCCAGUAUGUACAAGCAGUCAUAAUGAGCCACUAGGAGUGGAAGUGAGAGAUGCACUUGCAAAGCAUAUUGCCGCGCGCUGUACCAGCUAAGUUUUGCUACUCACGACACUUUUAGGGAGACACCAUGAGACAGUGACAAGCAUCGGUCUACAAUCUAUAUGCUGCACGAAUUCCAUUUGCACAAUGUGUAAGAAUUGUGCAAGAAGUUGUGUCUACUACAAGCAAGGUCUCACUUUCAGUGCAGUGCUCGAUGAGGAAAGUUUUCUUACGCCAACCACGGACAUUGCUCCUUACUUUUCCAGUGUGUUGUGAACAUUACUUAGCGUGCAGUGUAAAUGUACUCUCUGCUUUGCUUUUCUUGCACUCGCUUGUGUGUCGCUUAUGGCACCGCUUUCGGUAUGUUUUGUAUUGUGAAUGAAUUGUAGACUACAGAAGGCUGGAGUAGAUGACUGCUUUUUAUAUACAAAGUCAAGAAAGGCACCGAUAGAUGGAAGUACACUGUGUGAAUAGAAGUUGUAUAAACAGGGAUAAAAUGCCUCAUAAAGGCUGGCUGGCAUUUCGAUAGGUGGACUUUUAUCUUAUUGAAAGGCUGAUUUACACAUAGUGUGCUUUGUAUAUUUAAAGCAAAAUUGUCUUGUGGCUUUCUCACUGACACAAAUGAAUGCAGGAGUUAAACUUUGCCUCGCCUAUUUAGAAUAAAAAUGAUAGGUCUGGCUUAGACAUUUAGUGUAAACAAGUACAGGCGGAUGUAUGGGACAUCCAAAAUGAGUAUUUUGUUAACGAGUUUGACGAAAGCAAAACAAAAAUCAUGUUUAGUUCCUCCCAUUCAAUCUUUAUUUUGUCUAAAUGCAAAAUAGUUCUUUAUAACCUCCAGGGUGUUUUUGUUAAUCUCAUUGGCUUCCUUUUGGAGCUGCACAAGCUCUUUGCGCAGCUCAAUGGAUUGCUGGGCAUUUUUUUGUGCUCUCUCUUCUGCACGACUGUGAAGCGCCAACACAUCCUGCAAAAGCGAUGACGGCCGCUUUCGCUUUCUGCUGCCAGGUGGGCAGCUGGCGGCAGGGGUUGCAGUGUUCUCGUCUUCGUUUUCAUUUGGUGGCGCAGGGCUGCCUUCCACACUUCCUGUUGUGAAAUGUUCUUCUGCUUCCCAUGAAGCGAUGACUUCAGCGUCAUCAGGCGCUUCAUUAACCUCUGGCACCUGUGUAUGGCAGGAAAAGAUGACGGCACAUACGUGUAAACUGAAAAUGCACCUCUGCAAACUAGUUGCUGGAUCAGCAGCAUGUCUACUUGAAAACCAGUAGACCAACCAGCUGUGUUCUCACAUGUUGCAUGCAGCAUAUUACAUAUUUGCAGCAUUACAUUUGAAAACAAAAAGUUUUCAAUACAAACUGCAUUCUGGCAAAUCAGUUUGCGGAAGCUCGCAAGGUGGAGAAAAUUUCACGAAUGGGAAAAAUUGUCGUCAGCUCUGCAACUUCAUGCUACAGUCAGGUGGAUGACCGUAUUUCUGUUUCACUUCCAGUGCCACUUAAGAUACUGUUAUCACUGAUAUAUAGAAUCCUGCAACAUUGUUUGAAAAACCAUUUCUGCUCUUCACACACUACAAAUGUGCUAUCUACUGCUUACACAUGUGUGGACAUUCUAUGCCAUAUUUAAUUUGAUUAACAAUACUUUCUUUCAAAAUAUAAUACACCUUAAGAUUUUUGUGUGCGUUUUCACUCAAAUUCGUACGCUCUAAUGCAUUUGUGGAAAAAUGCAUAAUGAAGUACCUACAACUUCAGGGAGAUGUUCGCUGUUCCACACAGUCGAGAUACAUGUUUCAACGAAGUGACUGUGCUAUAAGUAGCCAUUUUUAUUGUUUCUCCUUUGAAUAUCUUGUGUCUAAUGAUGGGAAAUCAGUAACUGAUGAUCAUCAGUUACUAAAGUGCAUACAUGUGUUACAAUAUCCUCACAUUAUAUUAAUAAAUUGUAAUUUGCU